GACGAGCGGAACGGCAAACGUUUGGGGCCAGAGUGUGCUGUCAGUCGUUGAUUAGUCCGCUCGCUGGCCAGUCAUCUCGCUCCCAGAUUAAGAAUACUUCCUCCCCAGAACUCCUAACAGUUAAGGGGUAGAUAAGGAUUAUCUAUUGAUAUAAAUUUAAGACCCAGCACUGGGGACAUUUCAGUUGGUUCGAGUAAACCCAAGCAGCAGCAUGCCCUCAGAUCAGGAUCCCACUGCCGAGCAGAUUAGCCAGGUGAAGACUGCCGUUCUCCAGAAACUGGAGAAGGAGCCACCAGCAGACCCCUUCCACCCCAACGAUCUGAAGCGCAUUACCGACAGUGACCUAUGGAUCACCAAACUUCUGCAGGUAUAUGAUUUUGAUAUGGAGAAAACCAUCACGAGGUUGUGGGACAAUCUCGCCUGGCGGAAGAGCUUUGGAGUAUACGAUAUCACCGAGGAGAACCUGAACCAGGAAUACCUGAGGGAUGGCUCCAUCUAUGUCCACAACAAGGAUAAGGACGGAAAACCUCUGCUAAUUAUUAGCAUCUGCAAGCACUCGAAGAGUCGGAAUCAGGAGGAUCUUCUGAAAAUCCUCGUCUUCUGGAUUGAGCGAUUGCAGCUUAAGAGCAACCUGGAUAAGAUCACCCUCUUCAUGGACAUGACUGACUCCGGUCUGAGCAACUUGGAUCUGGACUUUAUCAGGGCUAUUGUCGGCGUGUUCGAGACCAAAUACCCCUAUGUGCCCAACUAUAUUCUGGUGCAUGAAUUGCCCUUCCUGUUAAAUGCUGCUUUCAAAAUUGUGAAGACCUUCCUGCCCCCUGAAGCUCUGGAGAUCCUGAAGGUUACGACCAAGAAGGACAUCGAUCAGUAUGUGGACAAGGACAACUGCCUGACGAAAUGGGGUGGUAAUGAUGAAUACGUUUUUCAAUUUGCCUAAAACUGCCUUAAACCUUGUAUGAUAGUGUAAAUAAUACGAUAUUUAUUGCCCGGAA